AUCUCUCCACCAAUGAAGCCCAUUGUGGUUGAGCUGCCCAUCUCUCCACCAGUGAAGCUCACCGUAUUGGAGCUGCCGAUCUCUCCACCAGUGGAGCCCAUCGUGGUUGAGCUGCCCAUCUCUCCACCAGUGAAGCCCAUUGUGGUUGAGCUGCCCAUCUCUCCAUCAAUGAAGCCCUUGGUGGUUGAGCUGCCCAUCUCUCCACCAAUGAAGCCCAUCGUGGUCGAGUGUCCCAUCUCUCCACCAGUGGAGCCCAUCGUGGUUGAGCUGCCCAUCUCUCCACCAGUGAAGCCCAUUGUGGUUGAGCUGCUUAUCGCUCCAGUGGAAGCUGAGUCGCUUCAGAGAUUUGAGCAACUGAAGGGUCUGACACAGCGACAUAGAAAAAGAGAAGAAGACAUGGAAACUUCAGUUCCACAGGACAGAACUACUCAGCCUCCUCCCGCCCAAUCGGAUUAUUUCCCUCCACCAAAGAGAUGCCAAAGGGCUGAGGAUUUCUUCCCUCCACCUCCAGUGGAGCCCAUUGUGGUUAAGCUGCCCGACUCUCCACCAGUGAAGCCCAUCAUGGUGGAGCUGCCCAUCUCUCCACCAGUGAAGCCCAUCAUGGUUGAGCUGCCCAUUUCUCCACCAGUGAAGCCCAUUGUGGUUGAGCUGCCCAUCUCUCCACCAGUGAAGCCCAUUGUCGUUGAGCUACCCAUCUCUCCACCAGUGAAGCCCAUUGUGGUUCAGCUGCCCAUCUCUCCACCAGUGAAGCCCAUAAUUGUUGAGCUGCCCAUUUCUCCACCAGUGAAGCCCAUUGUGGUCGAGCUGCCCAUUUCUCCACCAGUGAAGCCCAUCAUGGUCGAGCUUCCCAUUUCUCCACCAGUGAAGCCCGUCGUGGUUGAGCUGCCCAUUUCUCCACCAGUGAAGCCCGUCGUGGUUGAAUGGCAAAUCUCUCCACCAGUGAAGCCCUUCGUGGUUGAGCCGCCGAUCUUUCCACCAGUGGAGCCCAUUGUGGUUGAACUGCCCAUCUCUCCACCAGUGGAGCCCAUUGUGGUUGAGCUGCCCAUCUCUCCACCAGUGGAGCCCAUUGUGGUUGAGCUGCCCAUCUCUCCACCAGUGGAGCCCAUUGUGGUUGAGCUGCCCAUCUCUCCACCAGUGGAGCCCAUUGUGAUUGAGCUGCCCGUCUCUCCACCAGUGGAGCCCAUUGUGGUUGAGCUGCCCAUCUCUCCACCAAUGAAGCCCAUCGUGGUCGAAUGUCCCAUCUCUCCACCAGUGGAGCCCAUCGUGGUUGAGCUGCCCAUCUCUCCACCAGUGGAGCCCAUCGUGGUUGAGCUGCCCAUCUCUCCACCAGUGAAGCCCAUUGUGGUUGAGCUGCUUAUCGCUCCAGUGGAAGCUGAGUCGCUUCAGAGAUUUGAGCAACUGAAGGGUCUGACACAGCGACAUAGAAAAAGAGAAGAAGACAUGGAAACUUCAGUUCCACAGGACAGAACUACUCAGCCUCCUCCCGCCCAAUCGGAUUAUUUCCCUCCACCAAAGAGAUGCCAAAGGGCUGAGGAUUUCUUCCCUCCACCUCCAGUGGAGCCCAUUGUAGCUGAGCUACCCAUCUCUCCACCAGUGAAGCCCAACGUGGUCGAGCAUCCCAUCUCUCCACCAGCGAAGCCCAACGUGGUCGAGCAUCCCAUCUCUCCACCAGUGAAGCCCAACCUUGUUGAGCUGCGCAUCAUUCCACCAGUGAAGCUCACCGUGUUGGAGCUGCCGAUCUCAUCACCAGUGAAACCCAUCGUGGUUGAGCUGCCCAUCUCUCCACCACUGAAAAGCAUUGUGGUUGAGCAGCUUAUCGCUCCAGUGGAGGCUGAGUCGCUUCAGAGAUUUGAGGUCCUUUCCCACUUUGCUCCACCACCGUGGACAAAUAAGCCACUGACGGGCCUGACACAGCGACAUAAAAAAAGACAGAAAGACAUGGAAAUUUCAGUUCCACAGGCCAUAACUACUCAGCCUCCUCCCGCCCUAUCGGAUUAUUUCCCUCCACCUCCACCAAAGAGAUGCCAAAGGGCCCAGGAUUUCUUCCCUCCACUUCCAGUGGAGCCUAUUGUAGCUGAGCUGCCCGACUCUCCACCAGUGAAGCCCAUCAUGGUUAAGCUGCCCAUCUCUCCACCAGUGAAGCCCAUCAUGGUUGAGCUGCCCAUCUCUCCAGCAGUGAAGCCCAUCAUGGUUGAUCUGCCCAUCUCUCUACCAGUGGAGCCCAUCGUGGUUGAGCUUCCUGUCUUUCCACCAGUGAAGCCCAUCGUUGUUUAUCGGCCCAUCUGUCCACCAGUGAAGCACAUCACGUUUGAGCUUCCCAUCGUUCCACCAGUGAAGUUCAUUGUGGUGGAGCUUCCCAUCUCUCCACCUGUGAACCACCAGCAUCAACCUGAUCAAUGGGCCAACUGGGGAAUAGAGGCUGGUUCUUCUCAGAUUGUCGAUGCUCCUGCCUAUCUCCCCCUCCCCCUCCCUACUUCCUCUGAUCUCCCUCAGCAGAGCCCACAGGAACAGCCUGGAGUCCUCACAGCAUCCUCUGGGCUUCUUGCAAAUGUUGGGACUCUUAAGGAGAUGAUUGAGAUUGCAUGGCAGAAGUGUCAGGAGUACCAAUCUAAGUUCGUCAUGUGGUGUUGUGUUACCCUGUUGUGCACACAGAGUAGGGCACAGCCCAUCUUUCCUUCAGUGAACCCCAUCGUGGUCGAGCGUCCCAUCUCUCCACCAGUGAAGCACAUCACGUUUGAGCGUUCCAUCUCUCCACCGGUGAAGCACGUCAUGUUUGAGCUGCCUAUCGCUCCAGUGGAAGCUGAGUCGCUUCAGAGAUUUGAGUUUUUCCCACCACCGCGGAAAAAUAAUCCACUGAAGGGUCUGACACAGCGACACAGAAAAAGACAGACAGACAUGGAAACUUCAGUUCCACAGGCCAGAACAACUCAGCCUCCUCCCGCCCUAUCACAUUUCUUCCCUCCACCUCCACUGGAGCCCAUCGUGGUUGAACUGCCCAUUUCUCCACCAGUGAAGCACGCCAUGUUGGAGCUGCCCAUUUGUCCAGUAGCAGUUGAGUCUCUUCAUGGAUUUGAGUUUGUCCCACCACCGGAGAAAAAUGAACUGCUGAAUGGUCUGACACAGCGACAUAAAAAAAGACAAAAAGUCACUUCAGUUCCAAAGGCCAGAACUACUCUACUUCCUCCCUGCCAAUUGAAUUUUUUCCCUCCACCACAGGGAUGUCAGUGGGCACAGAAUUUCCUCAAUUCACCUCCACCACAGGAUUGCCAAACGGCCCAAAAUGGAGUUAACCCAUAUUCAAUGAGAGCAGUAACAGGUGCUCCAAUGGGCAAAUACCCAGGUUAUCCAUGUACAACUACCAAAGCUGGGUCUGGAAUAUCAGACGCUUCCCUGGUUCACAUGCUCAGACCUCUCUCACCGAUGCGCGUGCCAGAAGAUGAUGGUGGAUGGGACUCUGCUGGGGAUCACCCUGGGACUCCCUUCUACAUGGGUUGACUCUUCCACUGGACCUUUUAAGCCCUUUAAGCUAUUUUGCCGGAAAAAAAGGACGCAGUGGAGCAUAGCAUAUUUUUUU